AUGCACUGUUCAAAUACGAAGGACACUGCCAGGCAGCUAAUUCAGGAUACGUGUGUUAACUUUUCCAUUGAACACAUCAGCGAGUCGGCCAAGCAACUCUAUGAUGAAUUUUUUAACAAAGGACUGUUUGCUGCAACUGAUGGAAAUGUCCAUGACUGGAUAGUGUGUGCUGUUUACGUAUCCAUGAUCGAAAACAGGUUCUCGUACGGCUGCCUGGACUCACAGCUGAUGAGUUUUGAUAACAUGCCCUGCUCAGUUACCGACCUCCUCCUUUUCAACAACUGCAGAGCAAAAGAUUUCCUGGUGUGUAUGGAGUUGAUAAAGUCGAACUUGCAGUUCGUGGACGCGGUCACUCAGCAUCUUCGAGUCGUCCAGAGGAAGUUUUUAAUCUCGUGCAACCUCUACAGGAAGUUAUGCCAGUCAGUCCAACAUACGCAUCGGUCAUGCUGGCUCUACUUCAUCAACAUCAAAGGUUGA